GCAAGGCGUAUUAUUGUUAUGGAUAAUGACCUAACUGAUCUAAAUAUCGAAUGGAUUAAGGCUCUUCGUAAGGAUAAACCAUUCUCUAUUAUCCAUAAUACUUAUCAACCCCAAAAAGGUAAGACAUUCCGCUUGGCUCCUAAUAAAAAAACUGUAUUAACCGAACUUUGGGAUUGGGCCAAGCAGAUGUCUUCAUUACCUUUUGAGAAUCGAACUAGUGCAUCACUCAUCUGCCACCUCAGAAAGGAUGUGCAAGGAAUUAUUCGUGCACUUAAUACUAAUUUUCCAGAAUUACGGAUCAAGAAAUAUCACGGCAAGUCUGAUCCAGUGGAAAAGGCUCAUGACUUCAGCAAUGUAGAAGAAUCAUGGAAAGACGUAGACCUAGUUGCCUAUACUAGUACUCUAAAGAUAGGAGUAUCUUGCACCAAUCCUAAGUUGAACGAGCAUUCUGCAUCUUUAACAGUUAUAUAG